AUGCUACUGAAAAAUUUGAAGACAGCUCUAGAAUCUCCAGAUGUACGAGAAGUUAUUGAUGGAGACUCUCAGCUUAGACAAGCUUUAAAUGAUCUGCUUGAUCCCAUCGAAAAUUGUCAUCAGGACUGCCUUCAGAUUCAGCAGAGGCUUGAAAGGCACUUUCAGCCCGAAACCUCCUUCGCUCAGAAUCUAGAAGUGGGUCUGUUUCGUGGUACUUCAAUAGAGGCGGGAUAUUUGCCUCCAUCUCGCGCUUUCAAAUUACAAAGGGAAUGUUCUCGGAUGCCAUGGGGAAUCUAA